UGUUUAUUUACCUGACAGUAUCGUCAUGGCGGCAGACUUUGUGUCACAAAUCGAGCCCCCCCUGUCCGUUGGAGGGGCGUUGUCAGUUGGAGCAGGAAUGUGCAGCUCGUGCUGUUGCUAGUAGCGAAUAGACGGACAUCAUGGAGGAGCCGCGGGACGUUCAAACCGUUCAAACUACCGGGAGAAACGGGAGAAACGGGAGCUGCAGGUCGUUGUUCUCGGCCGGUUCCUCGGUGGCUAUGGAGAUUAAACGGAAGAAAAUAAGACAAAGCACAUUGUUCCUGCAGACAGAGACCAAAAGCAUGAGGCGAUGCCCAAGUCUUCUGAAUGACAGUCUGCAGAUAGUAGAGGAUAUGAAUAUGUUGUACAUACGACAGAUUUCUAGGAAGCUACAGAACACCAACAUACAAGAAAAGCUUGACUUUGAGAUUCGAAUGCGGGAGGGCGCCUACAAGCUGCUGCUCGCCUGCAGUAAGAGAGAACAGGUUCUUAACGCCUCCAAGAACCUGCUGACCUGUAACACCAGGAUCAAGGCUUAUCUCACGCAGCUGCGGAGGAAGAAAGAGGAGCAGGACAUGAUGGGAGCAGUCAUGAGAUUUUCAGAUCCAGUUUCAGAUGACCAUGUGCCCUGUAAUGGAACUAUUGCAAUGUCUGGGCUGCGCAUUCCUUUGAUGUGGAGGGAUUCAGCCUACUUUAACAACAGAGGGAGCUCCCGUCGAGUGGCGGUGUUCUGUGUGAUGCAGAUCGGCUCAGAGGUGUUUGACACAGAAAUGGUGGUGGUGGACAGAUCAGUUACUGACAUCUGCUUUGAGGGAAUCACCGUCUUUAAAGAAGCAGUUCCUCAGUUUGAGCUGAAGGUGGAGCUGUGGAGCUGUGCCCUGGAGGAAGAGCUCACGUUGGUAAAUACACCAAAGAAACUGGCCAAGAGGCUCCGCAGCUCCUUUGGAAAGACAGCUGGGAAGAAGCUGUGCCCUCUGCUGGACAGCCCAGACCCCGACACCUUCCUGCAGUACAACCCCAUACCCAUUGGAGCCAAGUACAGCCUGCUGGCCUACACUACGCUGUGUCUGCCCGAGGCUGAAGGCAGCUUCCAGUCUCACUCACUCAUGGUCCUCCAAGAUGCUGAGUGGUCAUCUUGGCUUCCGCUUUAUGGCAACCUCUGCUGCCGGUUGGCGGCCCAGCCUGUGUGCAUGACACAGAGCAUGAUGACCGGCUACCUGAGUCAGAAGCAAAGUGUGGAGGGGAUGUACCGCUGCUGCCGUCUUUACUGUGUGCUGAGUGCUGGCGUUUUGUCCUGUUACUUCACCCCAGAAGAAAUUGAUGCUAAAGUGCAGCCCACUCUCAACGUACCCAUCAACAAGGACACCCGGAUACGUGUGAUGGAGAAGGAGUCAGCAGGCCAAAAAUCCAGGAGUCUGGCCAUCAUCAACCCUUCACCAGAGGGGUCUGAGACCACCGUCUUCACCACAGAAAGCAGCGAGGAGCUGGAGGACUGGUUGGAAGCCCUCCACCAGCACCUCUAUGAUCAGAGCCAGUGGCUGCAGUGCUGCAAGCAGCUAAUGAAGAUCGAGGUCGCGUCACCACGGAAACCAUCACUCUUCCUCACCAAGCAGGCUGACUCUGUUUACAAUGACCUCAGUAUAAAUUCACCUGGCAAGUUUGAGAGCAUCACAGACAUUAUCCACAACAAGAUAGAGGAGACGGAUGGCCGCUUUCUGAUUGGUCCUGAAGAGGAGAAGGAAACGCCAAAUUGGUCCACUCUGUUUGACGGGUCCCAUUCAGUGGUAGUGCAGAAGGGUAUUCUGUCCCAGAGCAAAACCUCCACCCCUUGUUCAAGCCCCAACCCCAACACCAGCUCUACAUCCAUCGGCAACAAGAAGCGCCGCGCCCCACCACCUCCCCCUGACAGAGAGCCUUAUGCUCCUCCCAGCCGCCCUACCAGACCUCCCCUCCCUGUUUCUCUUCAUCAUCCUCCUCCUCCUCCUCCCUCAUACCAGGAGAAGGAGAACUCCGGCACUUGCACUUCACGCCCGGCCACAAGGUCCAAAACGGGCAGACCAUCUCUGGAUGCCAAAUUCUCUGCCAUGAUCCAGCAGCUCCAGAGAAGCAACGCCGGAGGAGCCGGAGCCCUCAGCCGCAAAAACGCUCCACUGGGCGUCCUCGAUGUACAACCACAAAGUCAGCCGCAGCCUCCUCUCCAGCAGCUGGAGUACCAGAAGCAGCACACUGAAGCCACAGGUGAGCACGGCUUCCUCAGACCAAGUCACGGUCCAGGUCCUGUUCCUGCACCAAGGAGCAAACUGAGGAAGUCUUUCAGAGAGAGGAUGAACCUUAAAGCCUUGUGACCUCAACCUUCAACAAUAACUUGAUUCAACCAACUAACCACUAACCUUACCACUAAUACAAAUAACCACAAUAACAGUUAGAACUUUCCAACUGGGCUCAUUGAUGAAAUCAGAUAUCACAAAAUAUUUGACUGCACCUCUAAUAGCAAUAAUGUGAUAUUUUGGCCUUGACUGAUGGUGUGGGUCUUCAACAUUUAAAGGAAUAGUUCAACAAUUUGGAAAAUGUGAUUUCUUGUCGAAAGUUAGAUGAAAAGACCGAUACCACUCUCAUCUGUCCACUAAAUAUGAAGCUGGAGCCAGGAGACGGUUAGCUUAGAUUAGCAUGGAAAUAGGGGGAAACGGCUAGCAUGGCUCUGUCCAAAGGCAGUAAAAUCGACCUACCAACACCUCUAAAUUUCACUAAUUAACACAUAUCUCAUUUCUGUAAUCCAAAAACUGAACUGUAAAAAUUACACAUUGCGAUUUUAUUAGCUGUUCAAAUGCCGCGCUUAAAAGCGCGUGGAAAAUGGUAGCCGUGCUGCUUUCAUCCAAGGUGUCACGCCUGCCAUUACUAAGCAACCAAAACCUGUAUGCUGCGAUGAUGAUGAUGAUGAUGAAGUUGCCGUAAUUUAGCAGUAAGCUGCUGGAUUUCUAACCAUCUCCGGGCUCCGACUUCAUAUUGAGAUAAUGGAUUUUAAAAAAGUGCUAUCGAUCUUCUCAUUGUAUUUCCCAAAAUGUCGACCUAUUUCUUUAACCUAAAGGACGGUGGGUGACCUGGUCUCUCAAAAAAAAAGAUCCUCACAAUGUCCAUCAUGACGACCCAAAUCCCAGUUGACACCUCAUA